ACAGGGUGUCCUUGGUGAGGUGUCAGACCGCUCUCUUUUAUUCUGUUGCAGUUUAAAAAGAAGUCUGUAUGAUUUUGACGGUUGAGGGGACAGUUGUGGUUCGAAUAUGAAUGAUUACGAUAAGACUGCUUUUCUUGGUCAGUGGGGACGCUUCCAGCAGACUGUCUUCUUCCUUCUCUGUGCCAGCGUCGUGCCCAAUGGAUUUGCUGCUUUCUCUGUUGUCUUCUUGACUGACAUUCCCAGUCACCACUGCCUGGUUCCUGAGGUUAACCUGACCCAAGAUUGGCGCAAUGCUAUCAUACCGAUAGAGGUGGUGCAUGGGAAACAGAGGUUGAAGAGAUGCAGCAGAUACAGGCUGGAUGUGGUCAGAAAUCUCUCUGCUCAGGGAUUGUUUCCUGACAGGGAUGUCAACCUCACCGACCUGGAGCAGGAGAGCUGUGUAAAUGGGUGGAGCUACAGCAGAGACAUCUACCAAUCCACCAUAGUCUCUGAGUUUGACCUGGUGUGCAGUGAUCAGUGGAAGCAGUCAUUCACUUCCACAGUUUACUUCCUGGGAAUUCUUAUCGGAUCCUUCAUCUCAGGACAACUCUCAGACAGGUUUGGAAGAAAGCCUGUUUUCUUUGCCACCUUGGCAGUUCAGACAUUGUUUUCAUUUGUUACAAUCUUUUCACCUUCUUGGACGGUGUUCUUCAUCCUCUUCUUCACCAGUGGUUUGGGACAGUUCUCCAACUAUGUCUCUGCUAUUGUGCUGGGCACUGAAAUCUUGACUGGCAAUGUGCGGGUCAUGUUCUCGUCUUUGGGUGUUAGUCUGGGCUUUGCCGUUGGCUACAUGACACUGCCUCUCUUGGCUUACUUUUUAAGGGACUGGAAAUCUCUCCUGUUGGCCAUCUCUCUGCCUGGCCUGCUCUACCUCCCUCUCUGGUGGUUCAUCCCAGAGUCCCCUCUGUGGUUGCUCUCUCAGGGAAGAGUGGAAGAGGCUGAGACCAUAGUGAGAAAGGCUGCUAAGAUGAACAAGGUUGAGGCUCCACAGGUCAUCUUUGACAAUUACAGUGUACAUGCUGAUGAGACAAAGGCACACCCUAAGCAACACCACAAUGUCUUCAACCUGCUGAGGACAAAAAACAUCAGAAACAUGACUGUCAUUCUGUGCCUGGUGUGGUUCACUCUGAGUACUGGAUACUCUGUCCUGUCCUUGAACACAUCCCGACUUCACGCUAACCCCUAUCUCAGCUGCUUCAUCUCAGCAGCUGUAGAGGUACCAGCAUACAUUUCCAGUUGGCUGGCCCUGAGAUACCUUCCACGACGACUGUCUACCAUCUCUGUCUUGCUCCUUGGAGGAGUGUCCCUUUACUUAAUUCAGCUGGUGCCUGAAAGUUUAUCAGAUCUGUCUGUUGCUCUGGAGAUGUUGGGUAAAUUUGGUAUCUCCACCGGUAUAGCCCUGAUGUUUGUCUACACAGCAGAGCUUUAUCCAACAGUGCUCAGGAGCACAGCGACCGGGACAUGCACUACUGUUUCCAAUUUGGGAUCCUGCAUUGCACCGUCUUUGAUACAUCUGAGUGAAUACUUUAAGUACCUGCCUCAUAUUACAGUGGGGACUCUGGCUGUUAUGUCUGCCUUUGCUGCUUUCUUCCUGCCAGAGAGUUUUGGACGACCUCUUCUUCAAACUAUUCAACAGAUGCAGAGCAUGAAGUUUCCAUUCAUCACAAGAAAAGAUCAUUCAAAACCUGUGGUGCUUUUCGAAAGUCACCUCUGAUUGUCUAAAACAUUACUUACACAAGCUAUUAAUAAAUGUUGUACUAUUUACUAUCAUUCCUAGUGUUUGC